CCGCCUUUGUUCGGAUGUCUUUUUAAAUAUUUACAAGUUGUCAUGUCAUCUCUGACUGGAAGAGGAGAGAGGUUUCCAGCCUCGAUCAGAGGAGCGCUCUGGAGCCCAGAAGUGCACCAUCACUUUGAGCCCACCGGCUUUUCUGCAGGGAAAGACCGCCAGCCCACGGAGCGCCUCUCUCCUGUGGGUGCCGGAGGGUCCAGAGGCGACCCAAAUCGGAAUAUGUGCCAGAGAGGAGACGAUGUCCCAUCCUACAAGUCUCUCCCCGGAUCCGUAGGAGAUCGCAUCAGGACUACUAUGUCCUUUAGGACUAUAUGCAGAGGCUCCAUGUCGCCGAAUCCCGGCUUUGGGAGGUCCGACUGGAAAGUUGCGCGUUGCGAGAAGUGCUCAGCGACCCUUGUUGCUCUGAAGAAACAAGCGCUUAGCCUGGCUGUUCACCAUCACUUCUCCUGCAAGGACUUGAGUGACCUGUCAGCAUUUCUUCAUGACAACCUGCGGGUCCACAGUCGGUCCACCACGGAUUUCAGGGAAAGGGAUCAGGGGGAGUGUGGAGCCUGUGGCACGAACCUGAUCCAGCUCAAGCAAGAGGCCAUCCAUGUGGCUCUGAGCCGGGGUCAGGCAUUAGCCAAACCUUCUUUUGAAGCCAGCCUCAGCACUGGCUCACUGUUGGGACAAAGUGAAACAAAGCAAGGAGACAGGGCUUCAAGGGAGGCUGCUACGGCUUUGCAUCAAAGCAACACUCCUCAGAGCCCACGAAGCCCCAGGACGCCUCAGAGGACCCCGCAAACCCUCAGACGAAGGGGGCCCAAGCUCCCCAACCCUGAUAUGGGCCGCUGGGUAGAAGAGCAGCAGCAGCUGGUGGCUUCUAAAUCUGCAUCCAGUGCUAAUGGUGUCACCACCCACCCUUACCAUCAGACUACAGAUGAUGCCUAUUUGAGCUGCAGGGAGGCCGGGACUGUACAGACGACCUCAAAGAUCCCUCACAUAUCUAGAGUGGUGUCCAUUGCCAACACUGCAGCUAUGUCCUUUCUGGCUAGGGCAGCUGAGAAGCUCAGCCUGACGCUGAGGAGGAAGGGCCAGGCUUCUGAUCCAGCUCCCUCUCAACUCUCCACCUGCUUCAGGGAAAUCAUCCAGAAAAACCCACCACCCGUCCCCACCUGCCUGCUGCAAGCUGCCACUAGAAUCAAGGAUUCGCCCAAUGUUGGCAAGGUUAAAGUCGUGCUGAGGGUGAGCCCAACGCUGUCACAGAGCCAAGGCCAACCACCUGUUCUCCGGAUUGACCCAUCCAAGAAGAGAAUAACCAUAGUGGAGCCAGUCACCAAAAGCCAACCACGUGCUACAAUGACACUAGGCAGGGAUGGCAAAAGUCAUCUGAAGACCUUCAACUUUGAUACUGCGUAUCCUCAGGAGUCAAGCCAGGCUGAGGUGUGUGCAGGCGUCCUGGCUGAUGUCAUCCGCUGUGUGCUCAGCGGCAGCGAUGCCUGUGUUCUGGGCUUGGGCUGCGCUGAUGUGGGGUCCUGGUCCAGCAUGGUGGGGAGUGGUGAGAACAUCGGGAAGCUUGGGCUGAUUCCUUAUGCCAUCUCCUGGCUGUACAGCGCCAUCGAGCGCCGCAGAGAGAGGACGUGGACUGAUCUCACUGUAUCAGUGUCUGCUGUUGAGCUGUGCUGUGGAGAGGAGGAUACGCUGAGGGAUCUGCUGGGGGAAGUUGUUCCCUCAUUAGGCAGUAUCCAGGACAGCCCGAAAGCCCAUAUUAGACUCCAAGAGGACCCAGUCUAUGGAAUUCAGCUACGCAACCACAACCGGGUGAAGGCCCCCACUGCCGAGCGGGCUGCUUCCCUCUUGGAUGCGGCCACUGCAGCACGUCGGCACAGUGACUUUAUUACAUACCUGUGUGACAGCUCCAUAAUGUUCUUCACUCUUCAUGUCCAGCCUCCACGUACAGAAAGCAGCACCAUUGGAAAAGGGUCACGCAGCCCCACCAAGUUGACCAUGAUAGAUGUGUGUAGUGGUAUGAGGGGUAUCAACAAAAAUAAACCCCCUCAUUCUGAACUGGGCCCUAUUGUCCUGUCUCUUCUAAGUGGACAUAAAGCCACCCCAAACAAGAGUGGUAAGUUGACCAUGCUCCUUCAAGAGUCCUUGGGUCGCACAAACUGCCACACUACAGUGAUUGCUCAAAUCACUGAUUCUUUGGCACACCUUCAAGAGACCUUCUCUACCAUCCAGCUUGCUUCUCGUAUUCGCAGGACACAAAAGAGGACAAAGCAGUCUACCUCAUGUUCUCCAUGUGGGAGGAGUUCGACUAGAGAAAAAAGAGGGCUGCAAUCCUUUUCCCUGCGGGCGUUCCACUCCACUGAUGAGGUAGACGUUGACAUCCGUCCUUUUCGCCUGCGUGGUGAGCUAGAUGAACGCUCUAGUAGUGACCAGUCUUGUGACACAGUCAUCCAGAUAGACUCAGAUGGCUCAGUCCACCCCAGAGCAGCCCCAAGGCAGGUACAGCCUGAGUUUGUACCCAUCAUACCAUCUUUGCAUCCUAACAAGGCUGACUUGGAUGACCCGGAGUUUACUGCUCUCCUCCAAGAGCUUCUGAGAAUUCCUCAGCUGCAAGUAGAAAAGAAGACAGAAGCAACUCUUCUAGGGCAAACCGAAGUUCUGAAAGCAGAGAGGAAGCAGCCAGAGAGGGACUGUCUUAAAUGUGACACGUUUGCUCAGCUUCAAGAACGUUUGGGUUGUAUUGAUGGGAGUGACAUGACAAUGGAUGUGCUCAAAUCUUCUUUAAAAGGUGCUUCUUUAAAUAAUGCCGCAAUCAAGUCGCAGCUCCAGAAGGAAACACUAAAACAAUCAGAUACUAGAACACCACAGACGCUGCUGAAUAAGGGGUUGAGUUGCAGUCAGACCACUGCUGGAGAAAAGCAAACAGAUGGUGCCUCCCCUGGAGACAGUUUUCAGAGAGAGGAUUCGGGUCUGUAUGACUGUGAAGAGUGUAGUGCAACCAGUUCCAGCGAGGAACUGUUGAAUCAAACUCUUGGCCUAAACUUGAUCUGCCGGUCUGAGCCUUCUAACACUGGAACUCUUAAGUCAGGUAAUAAGCUCUCUACCAAGGGCUUUGAUGUGGAUGCUAAGGUCAAGGCAGUUACCAGUUCUCUUGCACUUCAGCCUUCAGAAAAACAUGAAAGUGCUGAAACUGCUGAUUGGUUCAAAACAGAUAAAAGGACCUCACCAGUUGGCAAAAGCUCUCCCAUAUCUCCUUCCUCUACUUGUCCCUCUUCACACUCCUUGGCUAAAAGUGUUAUACUUGGAGAUGUCUUAAACAGCCACCCCAGAGAGGAUGUAAAGGAAAUGAAAGCCACUAUCACUGUGACUGUUCAACAGCCACUGGACCUAAAAGGUCAAGAUGAGCUUGUUUUCUCUAUGGUGGAGGAGGUGACCAUCAGUGGAGCGUAUGAUAGCGCGAGGACAGGUGGAAAUAUAAUUUGUAUCAGAGAUGCAGCACAGUCACAGGCACAUGCUCAAGACCCUGCCAGUUCCCAACCAAUCCAGAUAAUCAGCAAUGUCAGCGAGGAAUCUGCAGCUCCAGGUUCUUCUGACGCACCUGAAAGCUCUGCUGUUCAGCCUGUGGCCACAGGGGGUGGGACUGAAAAGUCCCAGUAUCAAUUCAGAAGGGAAAAAAGGGUGUUGCCUUCAUUCAUAAACCCCAUGUUGAUUAAUACAGAUGUAGACUGUGACUUGGAUGGUGCCAAAGACAGUGAAAGUCCUCAUAAAACCUUUGCAGGAGUCAAGUCAGACUCAUUGACCAAAAGAAAUAAAGUCAGUUGUUCAGAUGAUAGGGAGGUUCUUCAGAAGAAUUGUGCGCCUUUAGCUUCUGAGAAACAUGUCAAAAAGUCUGAAAAGGCAUGUUAUUCAUCUUGUAGCCAAAUGUCCUAUGAGCCAAUGGUCUUAGAAGAUUUGGGGUUUUGUAAUAAACCUUCAGAAAACAAAAUGUGUGAAAAGAGAAAUGCAGACAAAAUUUACCCCAGAGAAUGUGGGCAUGUUUAUUCCUCUAACAACGCAAUGGUUUCAGAGGUGGCAGAAAUCGCAUGCAGAGAUACCCCCAAGAGAACUGGUGUGUCACCUGGUUGCCAAGAAACCACCCUUUCCUCCUAUUCAUCAGGCAGCUUACCUCGAGGCUGGCAAACUGCCAAACACCAAGAUGAUUACCUUGGAGACUCGAGGGGGCUGACAUCAUCCACUCCCUGUAGCCCAAGGGUAACUCUAGAGAGGAGGAAGGUAAGACAACACUCCCCUACUCACCAUAACCUCCAUAUCUCCUCUCCUCAAAGAUAUGGAACCGAGUUCAAACAGGAUUCUAGUAGUACUUUAAGAAGAGGUAUUGGGUCUUUGUUUGAGAAAUCAGCUUCAACAGUGAAACGUGAUAAUACAAGCGGCAGGCCGAAGUCACCCACCGAGGAAAGUGGCAGACUUUUCAGUGCCAAACUGCAGCAGCUGUCUAGAAGGACUAAUUCUCUUGGGCGGAUCCCAAAGGACUUUCCAAUGCUAGAAAGAGGCAGUAGCAACACUUCUAUGAGCUCUAAGGGGAGCUCCAAGGGAAGUAUCGAAGGGGCUUGUAAGUCUGCUUAUAAAGGAAAUUUUGAGGGAGACUGUACCUUUCCGAGAGCCAGCAGGAGCCCAAGGAAAAAUCCUCGGUCUGAACAGAACCUUCACUUUUUCCCUUCUGAAAACCCUGUGACUCAGUCUUCUAGACAUAUCCAUUCCAAGCUCUCUGCUGUUGGAAAACUUAAGAUAUCUAGCCCCAAAGUCCGUCGAUCGUCGGCCCCUAGCAUUAAGAACCUCAACGCCUCCCACAAAAACCUGCAGGACUCCAUCAAUCAUAGUGCCAGUCUUUCUCCAGACAGUAAAACAGUUAGCUAUGAACGGACAUCCUCCUUUUUUUCCUCUUCCCCUCCACGGUCUUAUCACUCUAUCAGCCGGACUCCAAGCCAGAGCUCCACAUGCUCAUCUACAAAAUCUGCCAUCCAGGGAUUUGUCAAUGGUCGUCUCUCAGACCUCCUUAAGGACAGGGCCCUCAGUCCCACUAUAGGAGGAUCAGACCAAAUGACCUCACUGCCUUCCCCGUACAGUCAACUGACAGCUCCCCGCAUGCCUGACCACCUGAGUGGGCAUGCAAGUGACACAACCAGUGUGUUGAGUGGCGAUCUACCACCAGCUAUGGGGAAGACAUCCCUGCAUUUCUCUAACAGGAACAGUUUGGUGAGCAGUGGCUAUGACAGCAUGGUAAGGGACAGUGAGGCCACGGGCAGCAGCACCUCAAACAGAGAUUCUGUCAGCGACAGGAGCGCCUCCCUCCUCAGUGUGGCUCGCAGCAGCCGAUCAUCUCGGAGAAGAAGUAGCACAGGUACUCAGCAGCGCCGUGUUUCCCAUGAUCCACCUCUGACCCUGAGGCGCUCGGCUAGCGGACUGCGGUCUCGCUGCAUGGAUCAGGGAAUCCCAGAGGCCUACGAGAUCAAGGUUUAUGAGAUCGACAAUGUGCAGAGGAUGCAGGAAAGAGCAGGUGCUGGCAAACAGGGGCCCACAUGCUUCAGUGCCAAGCUGAAGUUUUUGGAGCACCGCCAGCAGAGGAUCUCCGGAGUGCGAGCCAAAUACAACAACCUGAGGAGAGAGCUGGAGCUAGCCAAAUGCAGCCUCAUGCUGGAGCCCGCCAAGUGGAACCAAGAGUUCGACCUAUGGCAGACGUUCGAGGUGGACUCCCUGGAGCAUCUGGAGGCUCUUGAGUUGGUGACGGCACGGCUGGAGCGCAGGGUCAGCCUCUGCAAGGCCAAUGUCAUGAUGGUUACCUGCUUCGACGGUACCACCAGGAGACGGCGUAAGAAGAGACGGCGAAAAAUGCCAGAUCACAGAGCCAUGAAAGGAUACUGACUUACUUACUGAAAUAUAGCAGGAAGUAAGACUUGGCUUAUCUCUUUCUUUAGAUUAUGUAGACUUGGUUCAUUAUCACUGAAGUUAUCUCUACAAUGAAAUUAUUUCUGCACAGGGGUGUGUAAGGUGACAUCAUAACAUAAUCACCUUAUGUUUUGAAAUACCACAUUGCCUCUGGUCCUCUGAUGGGAAUUCCUCUGGCCCUUUGCUUAAUGUUUUUCUGGUAUUAGACAUUAAUUGCACUCCUUUAAAUAACCAAUAAAGAAGUGUAUUUAUGCCCCUUUUUAGCAGUAUAUUUAAAGCCAUCAGUUCAGCUCAGUGCAGCAUCUAAUGCUAAAUAGAUAUUUUAGUGUAGCUAAAGGAAUCUGCCAAAUAUAUAAAAAAAAAAAUAAAUCAACAUUUUUGCUGUAUGGUGAUUUACAAAGAGACACUGGUUCUUAGACUCCUUUUCCACUAACAGAAAAAGAGUGUCGGUGCUAAAAAGCUUGCACCACAAAACUGCUGGGCCCAGUGUUGGGAACCAUUGAGGUCAAACGCUAUGGGAGGGGCUACCACAAGAAAUUGAACAAUGAUUGGCAGAUGUAGCCCAAAGACUGUGUCUGACUUGAUUAUAGUCCCAUAGAAAUGACCCCAACUUCUGCUAAUAACGCCGCACAAUAACUGGUACUCAAACCUUUCGAAAUGUGUGCAGGUUCUCUAAAGGAAUCAAGGCAGAAAAGGCUCUGCAAAGGUGGAAAAGAGGAAUUAGACCCUGGUUCUCUGGAAAGCCUUUAGGGUAAACAGUUGGAUACAACUACCCUCUACACAUCUGUGCAGCACGGCUCAAGAGGCAAUUACUGUUCAAAAUAAAGCACCUUUGCACUCUGUUAAGCAAUUAAUAAGGACAUUUGGUUAAAGGACUAUCCAUAUAGUGCUUUUCUACUCCUGCUUAAAGUGUUUUUACACUACAUGCCACUUUAACACAGUGCUUUAUUCCAGUUGUACUUUCAUUAUCACUCACUUUGACAUGCAGAGUCAAGGAUCCAACCACCAAGCUUCCGAUUAGUGGACGAUCCACUCUACCUCCUGAGCCACAGCUAUCCCGUUUGAUGCAAAUAUUUACAAUACCUCAACAUCUUCAAUACAAUACUGUCAUUCAGUGACAAACAGAGCAAAACAACUGUAAUGCAAUUCAAUGUGAUAGUCAUGUACUUUAAGUUUCAAGUGUUUUGCUAUUUUUAUUGAUUUAUUGGUCAAAUCAACCAUCUAAUCAGCCAACACAAUGUACUUUGCAUUAUUCAAACAGGAGUUUGUACUUUGUAGCAAAGCUUCCAGCUGUCUCUGAGUAAAGGAGUGAUUAGUCAAACUUUGAGCUGAAGGCAGUGCAGCUGUCACAAAAAGGGAAUACUAUGCCACAGAUGAAGCCAUUUUGUAAAUAGAUUUUGGUGCUAAAACUACAAAUGUUGUGUAUUUACUUCUUUGUAACUAAUGUAAAGAAGAAAGCUGCCAUAAGUAAAAGGUAACCAUUCAACAGGGAUCUUAAUGAACUGUGGGCAGAGGCUGAACUGUAAGGGGGAACAAUCAUAGAACUGAUACUGCUCAAGUUUGUGAAAGUUACGCUAACAGAAAAGUAAUUGUUUGUCUGAGUUGAGGCUGUCUGUGAUCAAUACAGUGACUGUAAAACACAUUAGUAAAUGAUUGGGAGUAGAAUAAAAGAAUGCAGAUUCUACUGACUGUAAUGGUGGAGUAAUUACUUUAAAGGAAUAACGUCAUUAAGUCUGAGGAGCCCCGUGGCUCCGAGCCAUGAUGCCGGGAUGUCCACCUGGAUCGAUGUGUUUAAACAGACAGUAAAGAAUCUCACACACACACACACUCACACUGGAUGUUGGUUGUUGUGAAUCUUAUUAAUCCGCAUGUUGUUGUUGUCACUGU